AUGCUGUUCACCCUCCCCCUCCUCCUCGCGCCCGCCCUGGUCGCCGCCCACGGCGCCGUGACCAGCUACAUAAUCGGCGGCACGACCUACCCAGGCUACCAAGGCUUCUCGCCCGUCUCCGGGGCGCAGAUCAUCCAGCGCCAAUGGCCGGACUACAACCCGAUCAUGACCGUAACAGACGCCAAGAUGACCUGCAACGGCGGCACCUCCGCCCCGCUAUCCGCCACAGUCGCAGCCGGCGAGAACGUCACAGCCGUGUGGUCGCAGUGGACGCACCAGCAGGGCCCCGUCAUGGUGUGGAUGUACCCGUGCGAGUCCGGCUUCAGCGCCUGCGACGGCAAGUCGCAGAAGUGGUUCAAGAUCGACCAGAUGGGUCUUUUUGGGACCGCGCUCAACAGCGUCGACUGGGGCACCGCGCUCGUCAUGGCGACGCUGGAGUGGUCGAGCAAGAUCCCCGCGUCGCUGAAGGCGGGCGACUACCUGAUCCGCCACGAGCUGCUGGCGCUGCACCAGGCCAACACGCCGCAGUUCUACCCCGAGUGCGCGCAGCUCACCGUCACGGGCUCCGGCACCGCGUCGCCUAGUGGAUCUUACCUGACCUCCAUCCCGGCUUAUGCUGCCCAGUCUGACCCGGGCGUCACGAUUGAUAUCUACUCGAGCACAGCUACCACCUACACGCCCCCCGGUCCCGCUGUCUGGACCGGCUAA